AUGGAAAGUGCUGUUGUUAUUAUUGUUCACGAGAAGAAAUUUCUUAAAACUGUGAAGACAGCGUUGGAACAUCAUAAAAUCUUGGAUCAUACCAGAAAGAUUAGCAAAGAUGGAUUAGUUUACACCACGAUUAGUGAAAUUGAAGACUUGGAAAAAUUUCCGACUGUGUGGAAUAUCAUUGUACAGAAUCGUGAUUCAAUAACUCUUGAAAAGAUACAAGUGGAAAAGCUGAGGUCUGUCGAAAUUUUGAAUAUCAUUGAUCAAUUUUUACGGGAGUUUGCUGAUCAGAGGAACAUACAAAAAAGUCAUCUACCAUCGAAGUUGCCGAAAAAGUGGUCUAUAUACCCACCAAUGGUGCUUUUUGGUGCCAAUACCUUUGAUGAUCAAGAUUGGGGUCUCUUUUUCCAUAAGAAUAAUAUUCAUGAGAAUGAAUUUUAUCGACAAUUAUUGGACUAUUGUUUCAAAGAUCAAGAAGAGGAAAUCACUCAUAUAGCAAUUAACAAACCGAUCCCAUUAUCAAACAUUGACAGUGCGAGAGAAAAUAUUAAACGGAUUCCGUUAAACAUUCUCCCGAUAUACGGAGACUUUGGCCCAGAACCUUCAUUAAACAUGAUUCACAACCCCACAUCUACCGACCUUCAAAAUGCAUUCUGGUGCCAUUCUAAACAAAAUGGUGUUUAUCAAUAUUGGGCUCCACGAUUCAUUAUGUUCAGUCGAGGAAAUAUAAAGGAAAAAAUCAGAAUCUUUGAAACUUUUGAUAAUAUUGCUGGCAAUGAUAUCAUAGACUUGUAUGCUGGUAUAGGUUACUUCACGUUGUGUUACUUGAAGAAGGAUUGCCGUAAACUCUACGCUUGGGAAUUGAAUCCUUGGAGCAUUGAAGGCUUGAAAAAAGGUUGCGAGAAAAAUGGGUUCAAGUACCAAGUUAUCAGAAACAAUAUGCCUUGGAUUUAUGACCCAACAGCAAGAAUUUACAUUUUCAAUGAAUCCAACGAGUUUGCUCCACAAAGGUUUGGAGAGUUAUCAUCGAUAUUGGCUACCUCUCAGAUACUUAGAUUGACUCAUAUCAACCUAGGAUUGUUACCUAGCUCAAAGCCUUCGUGGGAAAUAUCGAUGGAAAUCAUCAAGAAUUUCAAAAUAAGCGAUCUCGACCUUGAUAGCAUAGUUCACGUUCAUGAAAAUGUCCACAUAAGAGAAUUUGAUUCUUUCAUUAAGUCUACGGAAUCUGAGUUGUCGAAGUUAGUGAAUAAUACUGGUAGUAAAUACAAUGUGAAAUACCUCCAUUUGGAACGAAUCAAAACUUAUGCCCCUGAUGUUUGGCAUGUUUGUGUGGACUAUUCCGUUGGUUCUUUGGCUUAA